CCUUUAAAACUGUGAAUAUGGAGAACAAAAGUAACCAGCCGCCCCAAGAUAACCCGAAGCUAAAACGCUACUGGUUAAAUAAGAUGGAAGGUGACUUAGAUUUCAAGAAUCAUGAGUUUCCCUUGGCUAAGAUAAAGAGAAUCGUUAAGUUUGAUCCGGAUGUGUCUAUGCUCGCAGCUGAGGUUGCUGUCGUCUUCUCGAAGGCCAGUGAAAUGUUCAUCAUGGAUCUCACCAUGCGUGCGUGGAACCAUGCCCAGGAGAACAAACACACAACGAUCCGCGGACCAGAUAUAGCCGCCGCAGUUGGUCGAACGUUCAAGAUGGAUUUUCUUCUUGAUGUUGUCCAUGAGGAGGAGGAGCCCAAGGCCAAGCCAGAUCACGAAGAUGGAGAACUGCCACCGGGAAUGGUGAUAGGAACUCCUGUUGUUGAUGGUAGUGGGAUAUUCGGUGACGUACUGGAGUCGUGGCCGGGAACUUGGACCGUGGCGCCUGGUGAGGGUCCUGUGGGAGAGGAUGUGCCUGGGGGAAGUGGAGGAAAUGGUGGAAAUUAAUAUUUCGAUUUGAGUUUGUAUCCGCAUUUGGAAGGAUUUUAACUUUUUUUUAUGGUUGUCGUUGUGAAAUGUUAUGUUUUAUUUAUUUAUU